AAAGCCAAACUUUCCAUGCCAUUUUAAUCAUAUGCUAAGAAGAUCUGUAACAUAACACAUUGACUUGUAGUGAUGUCGAAUUCUACAAUCUGGGCAAUUCUGCCAGCAAGAUUUAAUGCACUUUAACUGAAGAAAAAACUGAGCCUAACUGAAAAUCUGUUUCUUAUGGUGCUGAAAUAUCCCUUCCGACUGCACUGAGGUAACCACAGGAAAGGGCUUUUACAGGCAAAAGUCACCUUUGAUUAUUGCACUUAGUGGUCCCCGUGGACUUAGAUUUUGGAAACGUUGCUUUCCUUUGUUCAUUAUCUCCUGCAAGAUGAUGAGUUCUAAUCAGGAGGAGGUCACUUUGGGCGCUUUUCUCCAGUAUAUUGAAGAUAUGGGGAUGAAGGCCUAUGAUGGCUUGGUUAUACAGAAUGCAUCAGACAUUGCUCGAGAGAAUGAUCGCAUGAGGAAUGAAACAAACCUGGCUUACUUGAAAGAAAAGAGUGAAAAACGUCGAAAACAAGAAGAAGCAAUAAAACGCAUAGGUGGAGAAGUAGCAAGAGGAAAUGAAGGCAGCUACGUGGGGAAACAUUUCCGCAUGGGAUUUAUGACAAUGCCGGCUCCUCAGGACAGACUGCCUCAUCCUUGCUCCAGUGGCUUUACCGUGAGAUCCCAGUCUCUUCAUUCUGUUGGAGGAACUGAUGAUGAAAGUAGCAGCUCUCGUAAGCAGCCACCUCCAAAACCGAAGCGAGACCCCAACACCAAACUCAGCACCUCAUCUGAAACAGUCAACACAGGAACAACAAGUAAAAGUGGGAAACUACCUGACCGGACUGAAGUGUCAGCCAAACCAAGACCUCACAGUGAUGAAUACACAAAGAAGAUUCCACCUCCUAAGCCGAAACGAAAUCCAAACACUCAGCUAAGCACAUCUUUUGAUGAAACAUAUAUCAAAAAGCAUGGCCCUAUGAAGACAACACUCACUAGGGAUGCCUCUUUAUCGCAGGUCAGCAGUCCUGCUCCUGACACAGAGGAAGAAGAGCCUGUUUAUAUUGAAAUGGUUGGGAAUAUUCUCAGAGACUUCAAAAAAGAUGAGGAUGACCAAAGCGAAGCCGUCUAUGAGGAGAUGAAAUACCCUAUAUUUGAUGAUGUAGGCCAAGAUUCAAAAUGUCAAUGUGAAUAUGACCAUCACACUUGUUCUUCUCAGUGUGCUACUCCCACAGUGCCUGACCUAGAUUUCACCAAGUCUUCAGUGCCAUCUACUCCCAAGGGCUUGCUUUGUGAUAUACCCCCACCAUUUCCAAAUCUGCUUUCUCACAGACCUCCACUGCUGGUGUUCCCACCAGCACCAGUGCAGUGUUCCCCAAAUUCUGACGAGUCUCCUCUAACUCCACUAGAGGUCACAAAGCUUCCCGUUUUAGAAAAUGUGUCUUACAUCAAACAACAAGCUGGAGCUUCUCCAUCUUCACUGCCACCUCAUACACCAGGCCAUCAAAAACUGGAGAAAGAUCAGACAGUAUCUCAUGGAACUAGCACCCCUGGGCACACCUCCUCACCUCCUCAUCCUUCUACCUUAUACAGAACACAGUCUCCACAUGGUUAUCCUAAAAGUCACUCUGCCUCACCUUCUCCUGUCAGUAUGGGUAGGUCUCUCACCCCCUUAAGCCUCAAAAGACCUCCACCUUAUGACUCUGUACAUUCAGGAAGUCUCUCAAGAAGCUCCCCAUCAGUGCCUCAUUCUACAGCCAGAAACACAUUGCAAGAAGGAGGAAAGAUGGUAAAUGCCUCUGUCAGUACCUACGGGUCAUCCUGUCAGAGUGGUUCCCGUUCUCGGACACCCACCAGUCCUCUGGAGGAACUAACCAGCCUCUUCACCUCAGGACGAAGUCUCCUGAGGAAGUCCUCCAGUGGCAGAAGAUCUAAGGAGCCUGCAGAAAAACCACUAGAUGAGCUGAAGAUCAGAAGUCACAGCACUGAACCACUACCAAAGCUGGAAAACAAAGAGAGAGGAUAUCAUGGGACAACUUCCUCUAGGGAGCCAGGGAAAGCUCAGGAAUGGGAUGGAACGCCGGGCCCGCCUGUGGUGUCCAGCAGGCUGGGGAGAUCCUCUGUCAGCCCAACCAUGUUGGCUGGAAGCAACAGCUCAGAGUCUAAAGCAAGCUGCAGAUUAGGUCGGUCUGCAUCCACAUCAGGUGUGCCUCCUCCCUCCGUGACACCGCUCAGGCAACCCAGUGACCUUCAGCCGAGCCAGGUCACAUGUAUGCAGUGGUUGCAAGGGGACCAUACGAUGCUGGAUAUGAUCGAAAAAAAGCGUUGCCUCUGCAAAGAAAUAAAAGCUCGACAGAAAUCAGAGAAAGGACUCUGCAAACAGGACAGCAUGCCUAUUUUGCCGAGUUGGAAAAAGAAUACUGGGACCAAGAAAUACAGCCCUCCUCCGUAUUCCAAACAACAAACUGUGUUCUGGGACACUGCAAUUUGACAGGCCUGUGGAGGAUGCCUUCUCCACUGUGUUGCACCGAGCACAGGUAGCCUGCUUUCUUAAUAAGGCAAAGGCUCUAACCUAAGACUUAUCUGCAGGUGGUGAACUUCCUAGGAAAAAAACCCACACUGAUUCAGUGCUCAUCUGUCAAUCAAGAGAGAGAGUUACUUUUCUGACUGGAUUAAGGCAUACGUAUUUAUCCAGGAUUUUUUUGGAUCCAGAAGAUAUCAAAAUGUAAAUAUUUCGCCAAUAUAUUGAAAACAUCCAAACUAAUACACUGUUUAAAUAUAUAUAUAUAUAUAAAUUCAAAAAUUUAUGAAGAAUUUUACUAUAUAAUGUUACUGUUAUACUGUUUUAUUACCUAUUUUCUAUGUUUUCUUCUACUGUUCACCCCCCGCUGCCACCAUUUUAUUUCUCUGACCUGCCUAGAUGUGGCCUCUGUACAAAAGCAUGUGGUUGUACAUUUUGUUGAAGAGUACAAAAAAACAUGGUGCUAGGGCUGUAGCAGAUAACUAGAGUUGUACUUGUUAGACGUCCUUAGCUUUGGGGGGGGUGGGGGAGGAUGGACAAAGGAGAGAGUUCUGGUGGGAAACAGUGAAACUGCAAGCACUGAAAACCAAAGUGCUUAAUGUAGAUGCCUGAGUUGCAUUUAAAAUAUUAAUUGUUCUGCAUCUGUUUUCCCCAUAACGUUAAUCAGAUAAAUUGCCCUUGGUUUCAUAUGAACCAAUUGCUAAAAUUAUUUGGCCAAGAAACGAAAUUUUCUGCAGCAAAGCCUGCAACAAAACUCUUCCUUCAUUGCAUUCAGUUGAUUAGCAGAGACCAUGGUUCACUGUGACUAAGCAUUGUACAGCCCGUGACGGACAGACCCGGUUGCUCAGCAGGUUAAGGCAGUGCCACUGCAGCCGCCGUUCCUGUCCACAUUUGUCUUUGGUCCAGAAAAAUAAAGGCGACAAAAACCUGUUUACAUUUUUAUUGUUUUUAAAUCCAGCAACACAUCCUUACUUACGCCGUGUCAGAUUUCCUUGUGUUGUUUAUAAAGGCUGGAAUUCAGACCCCUUGAAAGCCAGUAGGGAAAUCCCUCUUGAUUUCAUGCGGUUUUGAAGCAGAGGCCCACGUAACGUGUUCUCCUGGCUAUGCCGCUUCUUCUUCCUGGCUGCUUCUGUAAUUGGCUUGCAAUCCUGUAUUAUAUUACACCCAUUUUAACAGAAUAUUAUGUCAUGACCAAAGAAUUAUGACCUCCUGGUUUUAACAGGAGAAAGAGAUGGCUUAUACUGAUUAUGAGGGUGAAAUCCAUGCGAUGAAAUAUCUUCCAAAACGAUCUGUUGAGAACAAGGGAAACUUGUACUUCUGUGGAGUAGGGAAAAGAAAAGAUCUAUGGCAUAUAUUUUGUAUAUUUAAAUUUCUAUCUAUGUGUCUGAAGUUUGGUAGCACAAACGUCCCUCUUUAAAACAAUCAUUUUAAUAUUAUAUUUACCGAGAAGAAAAGGUGUGUUGUUUGAAACUUCUUGUUGUAUUGGCUUUUCUUUGAAAUUAUAUUGACAGCAUUGCCACAGCUGUAAUUGCUGAUCAAAAAAAAACCAAAAAUAACAAAUUUUAGAAGGUUUUUGUAAUCUAUAUUGCUAAAGUUUGAGUUUGAGUAAUGCUUUAUCAGUAGUAGUUUCUUUUCAGCCUCUGAAAUAAAGUUUUUAAAUAUUUUAUAACUAAUUAACUAAUGUAUAUUUUGAUGUCCAAACUGAGAUUUCUGUAAAAGAUGAAGUGUGUGUUUAUAUGUGUGUAUGUAUAUUAGCAUUACUGUAUAUGUAUAUAUGCAUAUGUGUACACACAUAUAUAUGUAUAUAUGCAUGUAUCUAUAUAUACGCAUAGAUGUGUGCAUACGUAUAUACCUGCAUACAUUAAAUAUGGGUGUGCUAUGAAUAUACAGUGGCUGGACUGGGUACACAACUGAAACAAGGAUUUAAAGAGCCCUUCACAGCCGAAAUGACAGAAGACAUGAAAAAAUCACAGAGGCUGUGAAGGAAUCUUUGGAUACAUGUUACAUCCAAAAGACACCAACUGUAUAUUCUGCUUAUUCUCUUUUUUUUAAAGAAAGAAAAUGGCAGAAGAAAAACUCCAGAGAUCUCGCAAAGUUCCAGAAUCUGCUGGAAAGAAGACAACUUGUUGGUCAUGAGAAAUCUGUUGAGAUAACAGGUUCAUUAUUCAGAAAGUGUUUAUGCUUUGUCUUCCUUGUAAUGUGGCAAGAGAAGAAUUUUCCAUAACCAUGUGUGAAAUACUUAGCUCAGCCCUUUCCCCCAACUGCACAAGGUCUCUGGUGACAAAAUGAAAUCUGGUGUUCAGUCAAUCUUGAUAGUCCUUCUCCACACUGGUCUCUUCCCGGAGCAGUCCCUUUAAAACCCCACUGCUGAAGCAGUUUCACAGU